GACUGAAGUUUCAUGUUUGAUGUUAGUGUUAUUUCAACGGUCGUGUAUAACGAACGUGUUGACGUCACGGCCGUUAUAUUUUAAUUUUAUAUUAUUUCGUUACUGAGAUCAAUUUUAAGUGCAACAGUGAAUUUAUACAACAAAUUUUAAAUGAAUUAUGAGUGUAUUUAAACCUUUUUAAAUGUGGUCAGUACGUUAAAACCUUUUAAUUGUCUUUGGACUUAAUAUUUUUAGUGGAAAAUGGGCGCACCAGCUUGGGGUACUCGCGGAGGCGGUGAUAGGCCUCGCCUGCUGCGUAUGACCCCACUAAGACAUAGCUUCGCAGCACCCGCUACGCCGCCUGCGCAACCACCUCGUACUCACGACUAUGCGUCUGAUGCUGAUACCAAAAAAGAAGAAAGCUGGAAUGCUAAUUUAUCACAGCGAUGGCGGAAGCUAAGACGAAGAUGCUCACGGCUGCGACCUGGUUCAGGAACCCGUGAACCCAGCCCCGUUCGUCGUUCCCCAUCGCCACCCUGUCCUCCACCACACUGUUCGCCUGCUCCAGCAUCAAAACUUUCCUUCAGGCAUCGAGGCAAAGUUUACACUACAGCUUCUCUUCGCGUCACUAGUGGAGCACCAGAUAUUCUCAGAGCACUUGGAAAAUUAGGCGGAGGGUUGAGAAGAAGGGCUCUAUCAGCACACGAUGUCUUAACACCGCCACAACAACAACCUUCAACUUUCUAUGUUCCUAGUCCUACAGCUAUUCGAAAUCCCCCUUCACCAUCACCAACCAGACAAACCUCUAGCGUUCGAAGACGAUGCAGCUCUCCCAAUAUAUAUAGAACAAAGAAUGGCAGAGACCGAGCUCCUAUAAAUCAAGAAGAUGAAAGCAGAGAUGUGGUAGACUAUUCAUAUGGUUUAGAACGUAGAAAUAAUAGUAGAAAUGGGCGAAGUAGACCGUACAGUGAAAACGUUGAGAUACCUAUUUAUAAAAAUGGAUACGACCGAUUGGCUAGUGAUACUGAAAGGUUAUGGGAAGAACCGUACAGAUUGCCCAGAGUGCAAAUGCGACAGGAUCCAAUCCAGCAAUUAAGGAAUGGUGUUUCCGAGUUGCGUGUCAGUUCAACGCCUCGGUCUGCAAAACCUCCUGUGGCGUCACCUACCUCUCAGAAAACCUCUAAACGACCCCCAAUUCCUGAACCUCGAGACACACACACUUUUGAGGUGCGUUUCACAAAGUCUGCUGGUGGCAAGGGGCUUGGUUUUAGUAUCGUGGGAGGAAAGGAUUCACCUCGAGGAGACAUGGGCAUUUUUGUGAAAACAAUAUUCAACAACGGCCAAGCCGCGGAGUCCGGUUUACUUCGAGAAGGUGACGAAAUCCUGUCCGUAAACGGCCGAGGGACUGCUGGUUUGACGCACGGCGAGGCCAUACGGUUAUUUAAGGAUGUCAGAGCAGGCCCGGUCCUCCUUCGCGUAGUAAGAAGAGCUCCGGCCCGCUGACUGCCCUGCGCCUGCUGUGGCGAAGAGCCACUCCAGGCGCCUCACUAUGUCCCUGAUUAUUCUACUAUUUAGAUGUUAUAAUGCUAUUAUUUUUAAUACGACACGGUGUUAAUUGGACACUUGUUGUGAAGUGAUGACGCCGACCAUGGACAAUUUCACUGCCAGUAGGUGAAUGCUAUCGCGAAUGCGUUCCGGCUUUUUAAUAAUCAUGAUUGAAUUGAAGCUACAUUCAGUCAACUAAAGUUUUGUCUUAGAAAGUAAAUAGCUGCAAAGUAUUUGAAGUUUUAUGAAGAGUGGAGUGUAUAUUAUCAGAAUAAAAGUGAUUUAUUUUUUAAACUCUUUAACCUUUCAUUGUAACAUCUACAAGUCUGAUAUAACGCGGCCCAAUUCAUACAAAUAACUCCGAUAUUUUAAUUUAAUAUAAAGACAUCUAUUUCCAUUAUCCAUAUUUCAGUUUUUAAGUAACUUUACUUUAUAAGUAAAUGAUCUUUUUAAAUUAGUGCUAUAAAUAAAUUUUAAAUAACUGAUGGGUUCGACACAUUUAUUGCUAAUAAUAACUGAAAGGCGUACGAGAGUAAAUAAUUAUAUAUAUAUAACUUGAAUGAACUCAUACAAUAUAUAAUAUUUUAAUCGAGUCGAUUGUUAAGGUGUAAAAUAAAUAGUGUAUAUAAAUAAAAUACUUACAGAUUAAAUUAUUAGAAUAGCGAAACUUAUGAAAUAUUUGUAUAAAAUAAAAGUACAAAACCUAAUAUAAAAAAUAUAUGUAAAAGUUUUUAUAUUGUGUCAUUGGUACAUACGCAUUCUAUUUAAUUGAAUACCUA